AUGGCAUCUUCUUUACGUAGUGAUGAAGCCUUCAAAAAUUUAGGGAAACUUUAUGAAGGAAAAAAAAUGACACUUGAUAUGGUCAAACUUUUUCAAAAUGAUCCUAGUAGAUUCAAUAAAUUUUCACGUACCUUAACAACACCAGAUGGAGCAUUUUUAGUUGAUUUUUCAAAGAAUCUUAUUGAUGAAGAAAUUUUUCAAGGUCUUAUAAAUUUAGCAAAAUCAAGAGGUGUUCCUGAGAUGAGAGAUGCAAUGUUUAGGGGUGAAAAAAUAAAUUUUACUGAAAAUAGAGCUGUCUAUCAUAUUGGUCUUAGAAAUGUAGAAAAUAAUUCACCACAUAUUGAUGGGCAAGAUAUCAACAAAGAUGUUAGUGAUGUUCUUAGACAUAUGAAACAAUUUUGUUCUGAUAUCAUUUCUGGUACAUGGACUGGAUAUUCAGGAAAAAAGAUAACUGAUGUUGUAAAUAUUGGUAUUGGUGGUUCUGAUUUAGGUCCUCUUAUGGUAACAGAAGCUUUGAAACAUUAUCAAGUUGGUCCUAAUGUUCAUUUUGUUUCUAAUAUUGAUGGUACACAUUUGGCUGAAGUUUUAAAAAAAGUUAACGUUGAGACAACUCUUUUUAUUAUUGCUUCAAAAACAUUUACAACUCAAGAAACUAUUACUAAUGCUGAGUCAGCUAAAGAAUGGUUUUUAUCUAAGGCUGGAAAUCCAUCUUAUGUUGCCAAACACUUUGUAGCAUUAUCUACAAAUGCUCCUAAAGUUAAAGAAUUUGGUAUUGAUGAAAGUAAUAUGUUUGCUUUUUGGGACUGGGUUGGUGGAAGAUAUUCUUUAUGGUCAGCCAUUGGUCUAUCAAUUGCUGUUUUCAUUGGUUAUGAUAAUUUUGAAAAACUUCUUGAAGGAGGACAUUUUAUGGAUAAACAUUUUAAGGAAACUCCCUUAGAAAAUAAUAUCCCCGUAAUUUUAGCUGUUCUUGGUGUAUGGUAUAUUAACUUUUUUGGUUGUGAAACUCAUGCUCUUCUUCCAUAUGAUCAAUAUUUACAUCGUUUUGCAGCCUACUUCCAACAAGGAGAUAUGGAAAGUAAUGGAAAAUAUAUUACUAGAAAUGGACAUAAAGUUGAUUACAAUACUGGACCAAUAGUUUGGGGUGAACCUGGUACUAAUGGACAACAUGCUUUUUAUCAAUUGAUUCACCAAGGAACUAGAAUUAUUCCAGCUGAUUUUAUAGCUCCAAUAAAUACUUUAAAUCCUAUUAGAGAUGGUCUUCAUCAUAAGAUUCUCUUGGCUAAUUUCUUAGCUCAAACUGAAGCUUUAAUGAAAGGAAAAACAGAUAAAGAAGCUUUAGUAGAAUUACAGGCUUCUGGAAUGUCUGAGGAAAGCAUUCAAAAAAUUCUUCCACAUAAAGUUUUUACUGGAAAUAGACCGACAAAUUCUAUACUUCUUCAAAAAAUAACACCAUUUACACUUGGAGCUUUAAUUGCUGCUUAUGAACAUAAAAUCUUCGUUCAAGGUGUCAUUUGGAAUAUCAAUUCAUAUGAUCAAUGGGGCGUUGAAUUAGGAAAACAAUUAGCUAAAGUUAUUCUUAAAGAAUUAAAUGAAACUGGAGAUGUUUCAAAUCACGAUUCUAGUACAAAUAAUUUAAUUAAUUUUGUUAAGAAAAAUUUUAGUACUAUUUAA